AAAAAAAAUACGACGAUUUAGCUAUUAUUAGACCCCAUGAAACACCUCAACAAUGGGCUAUUCAUAUAAAAGAUGAUUUGCAAGAAUUAUGUUCUAGAGAAAGACCUAGAUGGCGCCGAUUCGGAUAUGAGAUUAAAUUUGAGGACUUGAUGCAAUAUCAUUGGAAUAAUGAAUGCUUCAAUACUGAAAUCCAAAAUGAAAAUGCACAGCUUAUCCAAAAUAUCAUGCCAAUCGAGUCUAUAAAAAUUAAAAGCUUUAUGCCUAGUUUAAUACAUUCAUUGACUCCUCCAUUACCACCAAAACCUGUUGCAUACAUACAACGCAGUGUGGGUGCACCCAGCUUUAUUGAUGUUGAUGAGUACUGGGCUUCU